AUGAUUACAAAUAAAUCAAAGUACUAUUUUUUUUUAAUUUUAAUUUUUAUAAAUUUUUAUUUAAUUAAUUGUCAAGAAGAAUAUCCAAUUGAUCAAACAGGAAAAUGCGAACCUUAUAUUGGAGAUAGUCAAAUUACUAAAUGUUCAACAUUUUUACCAAAUAUAAAUUCUAUCUAUGUUUCGGCCAAUUCAACACAAAAAGAUUCAAUGAAAACAUUGGAUAAUUAUUUUGGAUUACUUUUAGCUGUUGGAAGUGAAAAAUGUAAAGAUUCGUCACUUACAUAUCAAACAUUAUGUUCAAUGUAUUUAAAAGAAUGUGAAAGUUUUACAGAUAAUUCAACUUUAAAAACAGUUUCAAUACCAAAAAGAAUUUGUCGUAAAACAUGUAAUGAUGUAACUAAAUUAUGUAAUAUUGAAAGUUUAUUUAAUUGUAGUCAAAAUGAACCAAUUAAUAAUUUACCAUUAUGUCCAUUGAAUUAUUCAAUCUAUGAUUUAUCAUUAGUUAAUGGUGAUAGUAAUUAUGAAUUACAAUGUUAUUCACCAUUAUCAAAUGAUAGUAUUGAAAUCCCAGUUACUAAUUAUUGUCCAUUUCCAUUGAUUUAUAUUAAUUCUACUGAUCAUUCAGCAGAUGAAGAUAGAGGAUACAUGUUUGUUUCAGGUAAUUCAAAUUGUGUAGUACCAAAUCCAGUACCGUUAUAUACACCAAAACAAUGGGAUAGAUUAUAUGAUCUAUCAAAUUCAUUAUCGGUAUUAUCAUGUGUUGGGACAUUAUUCCUAUUAUUUACAUUCAAUAUUUUAAAUAAAAAAAUUAAUAGAUUCGAUAGGAUGAAUUCUCUUUUUAAUGGCUCAGUUUUUAUGAUGUCAUUAUCUGGUGUUAUCAUUCUAUUUGCAGGUGGUCCAAGAGCAUUAAUUAAAGAUGGUGGCGCUCGUAUUUCAGUUUGGCAAGAUCCAUUAUGCUCUGCAACAGGUUUCAUUUUCCAAUUAUUUUCAAUUGCUGCAAUUUUAUUUUGGGUUGUAAUGUCUUUUGAAUUAUGGUAUAAAAUUAAAUUUAUGACUAAAAAAUUAGAUUUAAAAAAAUAUUAUAUACCAUUCAUUAUUAUAGUUUCAUUAGUAUUUAGUAUUAUACCAUUAGCAACUAAAAAUUAUAGAAUGAUUAGAGGAAAUAUGCAUUGUUGGGUACAUACAACAAAAUUACAAAAUUCAUUAUUUUGGAUACCCUUAGGUAUUGCAAUUACAAUUGGUACAAUAUUUAUUGGAUUGGUAAUGUUUGAAAUUCAUAGAAUUGUAAGCGCAAAUUCUAAAGGUGGUGUAUUAAAAUUAGAAAUUAAAUCAAUUUUAAAUGUUGCAUUAAUUUAUUUAACAUUCAUUUACUUAUUUGCAUUUAAUUUCUAUAUGAAUGGUCAAGAAGGUGUGGUUUAUGGUCAAAUUGAAUCAUUCUAUCAAUGUACACUUGAAAAUGAUGCAUCUGAAUGUACAAUUCAAGGACCUUCAAUUGGUUCACUUGGGUUCUUUAUAUUUUGUAUUAGAAUUUAUGGUGUUUACUGCUUCAUAUUACAAGGUUUAAAUUAUAGAGCUUAUAAUAUAUGGAAAGAAUCAAUUUUCUUUAAUAAUAGAUUUGUAUCAUACAUUAAAAAUAAUAUUCUCAAUAUUGAAACUUCUUCAACUGGAAGUGGUGGAACUUCUACAACUGCAUCAGCAACAACAACAACAACAACUAAAAAACACAACGGUAUUGACAGUUUAAAUAUUGAUUCAGCUUUCUCAAAAAAUAAUGAAUCAGACGAUGAAGAUGAUUAUGAUCCAUAUAAAAAAUCUAAAAAUAAUAUAACUUUAAAAGAUAUCGAAGUUUCAAAAUCUUAA